AUGCAAAGAUAACCACUUUCAUAAAUUGAUCUUAAUUAAGAUAAUAGAGGAACUACACCUAAAAACAAAUAAUUCAAAACAACAACUCUAAAUAGUGAUAAUAAAAAUAUUCAAAAUUAUAAUGUGUAAUUCAAAGUUAAAGCACAGAUUUUAGAUUAAAACAAUUAAAUUAUUAUGAGUCCAGUUCCAUUACGUAGAAAUACUAUUUAAUAAGUUAUAACAUCACCAAUAUAAUAAAAUUAUAGUUAAAAACAUAUUGAAAUCAAUUCACCUGGAUAUAGAGGAAUGUCUUAAUAACCUAUUUAAUGUACAACAUAAUUAUAAACAGAAAUACAAUUGUUUAAAGAUUAGAAUUAUAAAUUAUAGUAAUCUAUAUUAAAAUUAGAAUCUCAAAUUUAAAGAGGCAAUAGUACUCAAUUUAUUAAAGAAUUAGAAAAUAAAAUUAUUAUGUUAUCAACAUUAAAUGAUAAAUUAAAUUAAGAUAAUAUCUCUUUAUAGAAAAUUUGUGAUAUUGAUACAUUACGUUAAUAAAAGAAUUAAUAAUAAAAUGAAUUAUUAAAGAUGGAAGAAGUAUAUGAUAAUUUGUUAUAAUAAUUGGAGUAAUUUAAUUGUGAAAAUUUAAAAGAUUUAAAUUCAUUAAAUGAAUAAACAAAACUUAAUUGUUUAGUUUAAGAUCUUGAAUCUAAAAUUACAGGCUUAAUCAGUGAAAAUGAAUAAAUGAAUUUAAUUUAAACUGAAUUCUCGACUGUAAAUAGACAAGUAGAAUAAUUAGAACUAGAAUUAUAAUCUUAAUAAAUUCAAUAUUAGAAAUCAAAGCAUGAUGAAGUACAAUUUAGAUAUAAGUAUGAUUCAGCUGUGCAUGAAGAGAAGAUGUAAAAAUAAAAAUUGAAUUCUUAAAGACGUAAUCAUUCUGAUAAACUUUAUGAAAAAGUAUAAAAAAUAUAUUUAAUAUUUAUAGAUUAAGUUAUUGGAAGAAGAGAAUAAGAAAUUAAAAAAAUUAAUUUCCAAUGUUGAUUAUGAUGAAGAAAUAAAGGAACUUGAAGAUAGAGUAUUAUUAUAUUAUUAAUAUUCUGUAGAUCUAAAUUAUAAGUUCAGAUAAUAGAAAAUUAGAACGAUAGUUAUUGUAAUAAUGA